AUGGCGGAUAACUGGACUCCGAGCUCAUGGAAGGAGAAGCCUGCAGCUCAAGACGUUGUCUACCCCGACAGGGACAAGCUGGAAAUCGUCCUAAGCAAAAUUCGCAUGUUGCCUCCAUUGGUGACCCCGUCGGAAAUUGAACGUCUCAGACAUCAGCUCAGUCAGGUGCAACAUAAUGAAGCAUUCCUGCUCCACGCAGGAGAUUGCGCAGAGAGCUUCGAUGCGUGCACACAUGAAAACAUCUCCGCGAAGAUCGGGUUAAUCCUGUCAUUCUCCUUGAUUCUCAUCUGGGGCGCUCGAAUGCCUGUGGUACGAAUCGGACGCAUUGCCGGUCAGUAUGCUAAACCAAGAAGCAACGCAACCGAGAAAAUCGGGGACCGGGAAGUUCUGAGUUUCCGGGGAGACAAUGUAAAUGGGCUCGAUCCAGAUGAUCGUACUCCCGAUCCGGAGAGACUACUUCGUGCUUACUUCCAUUCUACAACCACUCUCAACUACGUGCGCGGCCUUCUCACGUCGGGCUUUGCAUCUUUGCACCAUCCCCGAGAGUGGUCCCUUUCCCACGUCCGGUCUCCCGCACUUCGGGAAGAAUUUGAGCGGAUUAUCGAAGGUCUGUCGGAUGCACUGGAAUUUACCAGAACGAUCGGUUUCGGACGGGAGAACACAAGCUACGAACUUGGCGGCGGGCGUGGUGUCCUCGGGGAGGUUGAUUUCUACACCAGCCACGAAGGUCUCAUGUUAGACUACGAAGAAGCCAUGACACGCGAAUUCUCGAUCCCCUCGUCGCUCGAUUCCACGGCACAACUUUCUUCGACCCACAGCGCCCCAUUGAACGUUCACUACAACACUUCUGCACAUUUCCUCUGGAUCGGUGAUCGUACAAGACAACUUGACGGUGCUCACGUAGAGUACUUUCGCGGCAUUAGGAAUCCCAUUGGAAUAAAGGUCGGUCCGAGCAUGGCUGCAGACGAGCUGGUGCGGCUGCUGGGAAUCGUGAAUCCUGCGCGGGAAGAUGGCAAGGUUACCCUAAUCACUCGUUAUGGUGCGGGGAAAAUCGAGAACUAUCUCGCACACCAUGUCAUCGCCGUACAAAAUUCAGGACACCCAGUGACCUGGAUAUGCGACCCGAUGCACGGCAACACACUGACGUCGUCGUCCGGCUUGAAGACUCGCAACUUCGGCACCAUCAUCAGCGAGCUCACGUCGUGUAUCCGCAUCCACUCUGAGUGCAGUUCCCGCUUGGGUGGUGUUAGCCUUGAAUUCACCGGUGAACUGAACGAGGAGGGAUUCAGCGUGACUGAGUGUCUAGGGGGGAGCAUGGGGCUAAGCGAAGAGCAGCUCGGACUGCGGUACCAAUCUUUCUGCGACCCUCGCCUCAACUUCGAACAAUCGCUUGAUGUUGCGUUCCUGAUUUCAAACCACUUCAAGGAGCAGCGCUUGGGAAAUAAGCGCGGUGAUAGCGAUGUGGUGUUCUCUGAGCUUGGAGGACGAAAAACGUCGUAA